AUGCCUGCAAACUCAGAAGACAUUAUCAACCGCUUGAAGGAAUGGGGAGCGUGCGACGUGGCCGACGGGCUGUCCAGGCUGAAGUAUCCCAACGGGGGAUUCCUGGAGGGUCUUACUUUAUAUUCGCCUGAAUUCCAAUCCGGUGAAACCAAUAUCGUUGGCCAGGCUUUUACAGUCAAGUUUGUGCCGAAGACAGAUGAGGCUGCACCGAAACUAAGUGGAAACUACAUUGACAUGAUACCACACGGUGCUGUGGUCUUCAUUUCUCAACCACCGCCGCAAGUAAAUGCUGUGUAUGGUGGGCUCAUGACUCUCCGCGCGCAGGCCCUCGGUGCCGCAGGUGUAGUGAUAGAUGGUCGAGUCCGAGAUCUUGGUGAGCAUCGGGCGUUGAAGUUCCCUCUUUUCGCUAAAUCCGUUGGAACAACAGCCGGCGGGGAGGUCUGUCGUCCAUCGGAAGUGAAUGUUCCUGUAAGGCUGGACUCGCAAAGCCAAGAGGCAUGGAUCGAGCCCGGUGACUAUAUCAUCGGCGAUCUGAACGGUGUUGUACGUUUACCGCAGGAAUUGGCGGACCAGGUGCUUGAUGCUAUUUCCGGUAUUGCAGAGGCGGAUGCAAAGUGCGCAGAGGGGAUCAAGGCAGGGAGGAGUGUCCAGGAAGUGUUUCAAGAGUUCCGCGGGAGAUAG